UCACCAACAGUCCAAACUCAAAAUUAUUCCAGAUAUAGAAACUUAGUUCAGCUUGAUUUCUAUGUCACUUUGCAUAGUUCCAUCUGUAACUAAGCAUCAUAUUUUAUAUGUUUUGUAUAUAUGAGUGAUGAGUUCAGUAUGGCACUAAGCACAGAUACUCGGCCUCCACCUCCCUCUCUCCCUAUCAGCCCUACACUACAAUGCUGGCUCCCAGCACCAGGCCCAUAAUGGUCAGGUUGGGUUACGCACACCUGCAAGUGAUACAGGCUCAUAAAUAUCUUGCUCCUCGUGAAUUAUUACAGAGCCUGCAAGUUGUAGUGUGCAUGUGCAUCCAGCCAGGCUGCUGGCAGGUGAAGCAGUCAGUGUGGAUGGAGCAACAGAGCGAAGAUGGACAUCUCUGUUCUACCUAACAACAACCACCCAGAGAAGUUCCUUCAGCUGGACGUUGGGAUGCUGCCGGCUACACACGGCAUGUUUCAGGUGGGGGCGUUAAUGUCCAGUCAGAGACACUGGCAGAACAAGGUCUACUCGCAGGUAUGGACCAUGUCACAUGAUGUAAGGCUGUUUCUUGAAGCAAAAAAGUUCGAAAUCUCAUUGUUUCCACAGAGAGAGGGAAGGGUGAAGGCUGAAAGCAGGUCUCUUCCAUCCCCAGAGGGCACUCCUGUGGUGUUUGUGGAUAGAUAUCUAGAGAAGCACAUCACUCCAGUCACUCUGAAGUCCAACAUUAAAAGGAACCCUCUGUACAUGCCCAUAAUAUCGAUGGAUGCAGUGGACAACAAAUCCAAGCCUUCCUGGACUGUCAAAGAGUAUGACACACAAACAAUCCAUGGCAACCUUGCAGAUUUUUUAAAGAAGACUCCCAAAGAUCUGAACUUCUGGCUCGAGGAUCUUUACACACCAGGAUUUGACUCGUUACUGAAGAAGAAAGAAGCAGAACACAAAAGAAAAAGACUUUGUAAAAUUCUUUCUUUGAUAAUUUUGUCCAUUUGUGCUGUACUUAUUGUUAUCAUAGCACCAGUUAUGGUUCUACAGAAAAAAAACUGAUUG